AUGAAGUUUUACCAGAUCGCCGCGCUCAUUGCGCCUGUCCAGGCUGCGCUCCGCUUCGGAUGCUCGACGCUGAGUAUCCAGCGUCUCGACCCUCUUGUCGAGCCGGGAAAACUGCCUUCUGCCCAUGUGCAUCAGAUUGUUGGGGGCAAUGCCUUCAACGCGACCAUGGACAAGGACCCCGGUGAGGUGGCGACAUGUACGACGUGCACUUUUACAGAAGACCUUAGGUAUGUGCAUUGCUUUGUUUUCGUUGGGUCGAAUGCGAGUGGGGGUACUGAGACUCUGAGUAGCAAUUACUGGACGGCAGCCAUGUUCUUUAGGCAUGAGAAUGGGUCUUACAAGCGGGUGCCGAUUAUGCAGAAUACGGCGUUGCCAGAUGGUAUCAAUGGUGGCAUGACCAUUUACUACACGCAGCAAGACUUCAACUCGAAUGGAAACCAGAAGAUCACGGCGUUCCCCAAGGGUUUCCGCAUGACUGUGGGUAGUCCCACGACCAACAGUCUAGACGCCGCGAAGAAACAUAUCGGCUUGCGCUACGUCUGUCUGACCGACAAAGGCACUCGGUUUCCCGAACUCCCCGACUUCCCCACGAAGCCAUGCAAAGGCGGCAUCAUGACCGUCCACCACUUUCCCUCCUGCUGGGACGGCAAAAACGUCGACUCCCCCAACCACCAAGACCACAUGUACAACACCGCCAAAGAAGCCUUCUCACCCGCCGGCGCCUGCCCCUCCUCCCACCCCAUCCGCAUGCCGCAAGUAGCAUACGAAACGCUAUGGGACACUGCGCAAUUCGCCUCCCUCUGGCCCAAAGACGGCUCCAACCCCUUCUUCCUCAGCUACAACGACAACAAGGGGUACGGCACGCACGCCGACUACUUGUUUGGGUGGAAGGGGGAUGCGCUGCAGCGGGCCAUGGAUUCGAAUUGCAUGUUUCAGGCGUGUGAGAAUGGGAAGCCGUUGAAGAGUCAGGGGGUUGCGGCGAUGAACAAGUGCGCGGUUAAGAGCAGUGUGAAUGAGAAUUUGGAUGGGUGGAUUUCUGCGCUGCCGGGGGCGCCGAUGCCGAUGUGA